AUGCCUGAGGUGGUGCCAUCGGAGGUGGUUUGCGAGAAGGUUCUGGAAGACAAUACUCUGAAAUGGCAGUUCCUAGGAGUAUCUCAAGCGUUCUUGGAUGCUUUCAGCAUGGGAAAGCAACGUGGCAGGGCCACGGACUUUUCACCCGAUAGUCCGGUACUUCAUGUGCCAGAUGAUUUAGUACUGCAAAUGCUUGACACAUUCCGAUGCCAGCACCAGCAGCUUCUAGAGGUUGCUUUGGCUCAAACAGAACAUUGGACCGUCAGCGCAGUACUGUUGACGUAUGGUUCUCAGGGCGUGACGUGA